GGCGCAGCUGAGCCGCUCGAACCGCAGCAGGUCACUCAGUCAGCGUGCGUCUGUCCGCUAUAAUAAAGAUCACUUUAUUAUAGCUCGGGCUACAGGUCGGGCUACAGCAGCAGGGACAGGUAGGUAGCGAUCAUGUCGAACCGGCAGAAGAAGGCGCUGUUCUGCGUGUGCGGCGCCCUGAGCUUCGCGUGCGUGUUGGGCGCGGCCGUGGCCGUCGGGAGCCCGCAGUGGGUCAAGGGCUCCAUCCUGUGCCACACGGGCGCCGAGCUGGUCAACGCCACGGACAGCGAGCUGGAGCAGUUCGUGGGCAGAGUCGCCUACGGCCUUUUCCACGGACAGAGACUGCGGCAGUGCGGCCUCGGGGGGAGACCGCUGCGCUUCUCCUUUUUCCCGGACCUGAUGGGCGUGAUUCCGAUGGGCCUCCACGUCUCCGUGCUCCUGUUCUGCGCUCUGCUGGUGGUCUUCUCCUCGGUGACGUCGGCCUUCUGCCUGUACAACGCCUUCGGAAGCCCCUACGAAACGCUGCACGGCCCCCUGGGCCUCUACCUGUGGAACCUCAUCUCCUGUGAAACCAGGGUGCCGGAAGGUGACGCUUACCCAGAAUUCUGUGCGGCAGGCCUCUGCGGCAGUUUGGCGAUGAUCCUCUUUGCGUCCGAGGUGAAGGUUCACCGUUUGUCCGAGAAGAUCGCCAACUUCAACGAGAGGAGCUUCGUCUACAAGACGCAGGCGGAGCAGUUUGAUCGCUCGUUCUGGAUCAUCCUCUUCGUCUUCCUCACACACGCCGUCAACAUCCUGCUCGUUCGUCUGGCGGGAAUCCAGUUCCCCUUCCAGGAGGCCAAAGAGCCGGAGCUGAGCACCGGGGCAUCCGACCUCAUGUACUGA